GAUCAAUAGGUUUGCCUUUGCGCGGUGGCAGCAGGUGCAAUUCAAUAAGGAAGUCGGAGGGCAAGCCAAAAAAACACAAAUACAUUGUCAAAUAUUUUCAAAGAAAAAACAAAAGACUGGCGUUUACAAGUUACGGAGAGCCUUUGGUGGAUGGGCCAAAUCAACAAGCGCAAAUCUUCGCGACCCCACAACAUAAGCCUGGCGUCCAGCACAAGACCAUCUCAACGAAUACGAUCAAUAACAGUGGCUCUUACUUUGUCGGUAUGGCUAUGGGAAUGUCUAUGACCUCCGACCCGCAACACCACUCUAUGGGCAGCAUGAACGGCCUAUCCUACAGUCACGGUGGAGCUGGACGGAAACAGAGGCGAGAAAGGACGACGUUCACUCGAGGACAGCUGGAUGUGCUGGAAUCUCUGUUCGCCAAGACUCGCUACCCGGAUAUUUUCAUGCGGGAAGAAGUGGCCCUGAAAAUCAGCCUACCGGAAUCGCGGGUGCAGGUUUGGUUCAAAAACCGCCGGGCCAAAUGCCGCCAACAGCAGAAACAGCAACAGCAGCCCCACAGCGCUGAAGGUGGUAACAAUAAAACGGAGAAGAGGAUUCGCAAACGAGGUCCAGCAGCCACAAUCCAUUCGACAACGAGCAAUUCCAAACGAAACGUUGCGGACCCCGUGACGUCUGUUCUUCCGGCGGAGAGUAGCAGCAGCGCCGUCGGCCCUAGUCUUAGCUGUGUAACCAUGGCCAGCAGUGCGGUGGUAUCUUCAUCCAUGACGACGGAAGGCGAUUCGAGUCUGAUCACAUCGCCUUAUGGCAAUUUAGCUAUGGCACUCAGCCCCAUUCCGGCCAAUAUGAUGUGCAAUAGCAAUUCACCACCGUUGAUCCAGCAACAACAGCUGAUCCAGCAACAACAUCCGCCCUUCGGAUCGGCUUCCUCGUCCACCUCGACGAGUAGCAAUUCCACCAAUUACGCAGCGACGUCGUAUCAAUACCAUCAACAGUCGAUGAAUCAUUUCCAUCAACAUCCGUCGUCGUUUGGCACACCCACCACCAAUAACAGCAGCCUGUCCGGCUUUUUCCCGCAGUACACGACAGCCAACACGCCAACUGUGGAUAUGAUGCUGUCUUCGCCAACGAUCGUAGCGGCAGUGAGCAACAUCAACAGUGCAGGGACGGCCGCCGGAAUGACCUGCGUCGCUAGUGGCGGAAAUCAUUCCGCAAAUCAAGCGAGUGUCAGUUCGUCAUUCUGGGCCUCACCACCGCCAAUGAUCGAUUACGGAAGUUCGCCUUCCAUGUUGUUACCGUCCAGCACUCAGUCGUCCUCGUCUUAUUAUUCUUCGCUGGACUAUUCCCUUUACGCGCCCAGUCUUCAUUUGCCAAUAGCUAAAAGCUCCGGGGUCGAUGAAGUAGAUCAGCUCAUCCAUCGGGAUGCCUGCACCAAGAAUUCUAGUCCAGUUGAAACAGACGACGAUCAAUCGUGGGCCAAAUACACUAACUUUCAAAUCCUCUAAUCUGGAAAUAAACGUUUCGGCUUCACUUGUCUCUUGUUGGUAGAUCUCGAAUUUUUUUUUUUUUUUUUUUUUUAGUGUGACAAAAGUUGUACAUGUAGCGUUUUGCAAUUUUAAUUUUCUUUUGGGGGAGGGGAGGGUCAUCGUUGAUAUAUCUCAGUUUGUAUUCCGAGUGCAAUAUAAAUCCUUUCUUUUGAAAGUCCCAUAUUUCGUACGUGUCAGUGUAAGUGCUCGUCUUUUAUGUGUGUCUCU